UUUUCAUAACCUAAAAUGUCGGAAACCUCACAUCCAUCUCGCGAUCCAAAAAAUCUCAGCGAACCAUUCGCAGUCAUCGAAUUUCUCGAGAAAAACGAAAAAGGGCUACCAUGCAUUGAUUUGGUGCCGAAAAAAUGGUUUAAUAGUGCAGAAGAAGACACCUGUAAAUUCCCACCGACAACUGAAUAUCAUCUACUUGACGACUACUUGGAAAAAUUGCACUCGCCCAAGGACUCUUGGCAAAGUUAUCCAUUUUGCUUCAUCACCGGAGCAGCUGAUUUGGAUCAGGGUCGCAGAAGAUUAAAAAAGGCCCAAGUAACUCUCAACUGUGAGACAACCGAUGGUGAAAAUGAUCGAAAGGGGGGGAGGUCCGAAACUUCCUCGAAAGCAAAAAUUUCAGCAAAACCCUUAACUGCAUCAAAGUCUCAACUAAACAACAUCUUUAGUACUAAAAUCCCGAUUCCACCUAGAAAUCAAACUCCAAAGUCUGGUAUACAAGCAAAACCAAAGACAAGAUUUCAAAGCAUUUACCAGAGUGGAUCUGACUCUGAAGACGAAAAUCAUGAUUGUCUUAUAGCUAAUCCUGAGGAGAUUCGAGCCUCAAAGGCUCAAAAUAAUUCUGGCUUUUUGCAAAUGUCGAGUAAAUCGCGAUCUGUACCAACAGGUGCAUGUUUAUCAUUUAAACAGCGGUCAAGGAAGAAUAUUACUUUGCUUAAAGACGUCGAAACUGAUGAAUCUGAGAGCAAUGAUUCCUCCGAUGGAAUUCUGCAGUCACCUACAAAAUCGAUGGACUCAGCGAGAAAUACAAGAAAAGAACUUCAUUUGACACCUCCUUCACCACUAGUCCAUAACGCUUCAGGUAACCGAAAAAGGCGUGCAUCGUCUACUACACGCGCUGAAGACGGAUUGAAUUCGAUUGUGAGCCCAGGAACUCCAAAAACUUCACGAUCAAUGAUGGUACCCCCUGCUAAGAUGCCAAAAAUGCUGGGACCACAAAACCAGUUGUCAUCUAGUCAUUAUGCUGAUAAUGAACGUCGAAUCCUGAACUCCCUUCGAGAUUACUUUGAUCAGCAAUUAGAUGAAAAGCUCGAAAAUUUAAGACGCAGGAUGGCUUACGAUUUAAAGCAGUCUAUGAAUGAGCUCAAGACCACAAUCAUUGGCACUAAUCUAGCCCCAGCUUCUGGUCCUAGCUUGCUUGAAAUACAGAAGCAGAUGUCUACGCCACUACUAUUUGAAAUGGAUGAUAAGUUCCAGGAAUACGAAGCGAUAUUGACAACGGACCCAAAUCUCGUAGAAACACUGCGAUUAUUCAUGAGAGUUUUGAUAAGCAAUAAAAAAGAGAUGAAAAUAUGUGUUUCCACUAUCCUAUCUGCGGUUCUGAGGAAGACAGUGUCACUGCACUAUUCUGGUUACGGAAAGGAAGCUGGCGGAAAGAAAAAGAAAAAUUUUUAUAACACUACAGUAUGCAAAGUACUGAUUGAUGUGAUAAUUGAGGUAAUAGGAUCCAGCACUGAUGAGAAGAAGAUAAUGUCAGAAGUAAGUACUUGGUUGUCACGUUCUGGCGAUCGAGAGGGUGGGCGUAAGGAACGACAACGCGGGUCAAGUCAUCAUAACGAGAAUAAUUCAGUUUGUUCCUUUGAUACCAAUCGAUAAUACUUCAUUUUUCCGGGAUAAAUGGAAUUGUAAAAUCACUGUGUUAAUAUGACUCCAUUAGUUCAUUUUCGUAAUUGUAUUAGUUGUGAUAUUCUUGAUAAAAGGUACGAUUAAUAGGAAAAGUUUAUAUUAUCAAUAUAUUUUUAUCGCGAGGCGUUU